AUGCGAUUAAAUGCAAAGAGGGGGAUAGUCACUCUGAUCGAUAAUGCGCACCAAUAUAUCCUAGCUGAGGCCACACAAUCUCUGUCCCUCCGGUCCGAACUACCAGUAGAUGACGAAGAUGACAAGCUACGGUUCGGGAAUGCCUCACUUCCACGUUCUCAGGGGAUCUCUGCUGCGGCUCUGGAACCUCCUCAAUACACGGCCGUCAACGAAACCCAACAGCAUACUGGUCAAGCUCUUGUAAUUAACGACCUCACAAGAGACGAUCGCUACAAAGACCAUGCCACUGCUGGUCAAGGCGUGACGUUCUAUUCUGGUGUGCCUAUCAGAUGCAAAGCAGGAUAUCACAUUGGCGUCUACACCAUAACAGACGAUAAACCGCGGGGCGGUCUGAAGCCGUCAGAACUCAUCUUCAUGCAAGACAUGGCAGAGAUUGUUAUGUGUCACCUAGAGUUAGUAUACGCCGAUGCAGCCGGACACCGUGGUGAACAGCUGGUUACAGGCCUCGGUCGGUUUUUGGAAGGCAAGACUUCUAUGCGCGAUGUGGACGAACCGAAAAGCAAGACUAAGGUGCGGCAUUCGACCCAUGACGCAGACAUAUCUAGCACGGCUUCCACUGAGAAAGUCACUGGGCUGUUCAAAGGCAUGUCGAUAACAAAUGCCGAUCCGAAUCUGUUGAGAGAUGUGCAGGCCUCUGCGAACCAGGUAACGCCGCAGAAAAGCUCCGAUGAUAUCGAGCGAGACGACGUUUCCGGAAGCGAUCCGAGUCGAGCAUAUGAUCAGCCUACUAGCCAUCGCAAAAGUGAUGCGCCAUCUAAGCAGAACAGCACAAACUCGAAGUCGGAUCUACAAAGUGUUGGCAACACGCCCAAACAUAUCAAACCUGCCAAACCUACCAAGUUGCAAAAAGUGUUUGGUCGUGCUGCCAGCAUCCUCAGAGGAUGCACUGCUGCUGAUGGUGUCAUAUUCUACGAUGCAAGCUCGACUAGCGUCAGCAACCCGCGUGGCAAUUCUGAACGGAACAAGGGGAAUCAUCACUCCGAUGAAAAUGCUACCACAAGUGACGACUAUGACACGUCCGUGGCUCCCGACUACAGCAGUGCAUUGACGGAUUCAGAAAGUGUUGAUCGCGAUCCUCAAAUGUUGACCUCGAACGAAAAUAGCUGUGAAAUGCUGGGGUACGCUUUGGAUAUGUCGGCCGCAUCGACAGCCAAUGCGCCUACUAUUGAAUCCCUCGCGCUGUCAAAACGGGGUUUGGCACGUUUCAUAAAACGAUAUCCGCGAGGCAAAGUUUUCUAUUUCACGGAAACGGGCGAUAUCUCCGCCAGUGAGAGUCAGGCUGGAGGAUGCACUAUGAAAAGAGGCGAUCUUUCCUCGGCUGUUGAGGAAAUUGUUGGUCGUGCAUCUGGUGUCACCGAAGAGGCUGUCGCAUCCGAGCUCAUUCGCACGAUGCCCGGCGCCAGGAGCAUCAUCUGGCUUCCACUUUGGGAUUUCAACAAACGCCGAUGGUGUGCGGGCACAUUUUUAUGGUCGCGAAGAGCCGAGCGCCUGCUGGCCAUUCAAGACGAUCUUACUUACCUCAAAACAUUCGGGAAUAGUAUCAUGAUGAAUGUUUCCCGCCUUGAUGCUCAGUCAGCAGAUGAGGCCAAGUCAACCUUUAUUGCUAGUAUUUCACAUGAGCUUCGCUCACCGUUACAUGGUAUAUUAGGGAGCACGGAAUUUCUGCAGGAGACGGCAUUGGACGGCUUUCAAUCGUCCAUGACACAUGCAGUGGAAACUUGUGCCAAGACUCUUCUCGAUACCGUUGAGCAUGUUCUGGACUAUUCUAAAAUCAAUCAGAUGUCAAACAGGCUACCGAGGAAGAGGAGGCAGCUAAGUUCGAAGGGAGCUGAUCAUGAGUCGAGCAAAUCGAGCAUUUUCAGGUCAAGCCUCGAACGUGAUGUCAAUCUAGCCGAUCUUUUCGAAGAAGCUGUGGAGGCUGUCUAUGCGGGACAGACCUUUCGAAGCCCAGCCGCACGGCACCUGGAAGAAAUUGCUGAUGCAUUCACCCACAGCCCCGGCGCUUCCACCGGUGAGAUACGAUCAAAUGUCGAAGAAGGAUCCAAUAAGUUUGCUGGUGCUGUACGUGUGAUUCUGGAGUUGCGGAAAUGCGACAACUGGUGGGUACGAACGCAGCCGGGCGCGAUCAGAAGAAUCGUGAUGAAUAUCCUCGGUAAUUCGCUCAAAUAUACAGACACCGGCAUUAUCUUAGUUUCCAUGACCUCAGACAUGACCCAACCAUACAAUGCGACUCAUAACGCGGUUUGCAUCAAGGUCAAAGAUACUGGGCAGGGGAUGUCUGCCGACUUUCUGCGACAUCAUGCCUUCACUCCUUUCAGUCAGGAGUCUUACCUUUCUGCUGGGACGGGGCUCGGGCUCAGCAUCGUGCACCAAAUUGUGGAUUCCUUGAGCGGCCGGAUUGAGGUAGCCAGCGAAAAGGGGGUUGGUACCGAGAUCAAGAUCUUCCUUAAUAUCCCGAGUGUCCCACCCCCUGCACCAUCGGAAGACGUCAGCGACAUCCUCACCACUGUAAGUCAACAGACGCCAGGCUUGUGUUUGUGCAUAUUGGAUCCCAACCUCGACGAAGCUGAAUCCUUGAACGUCGAUGAAGCCGACAAGACGGUGGAGUCAGCACUGCGCAAUGUGGCGGAAGACUGGCUUGGAAUGCGUACUCGAAAAUCGAAAUCAAUGGAAAACACGACCGCGGAUUUCUUUGUCUACGCAGAGCCGCCCCCAAUAUCAUAUCUGCUGCGUCAGCACGGACACCCAGCAACGGCAAAGGAAGUGCCUUUAAUCAUCAUGGCAACCAACGCAUUUGAAAGUGCUUCACUGGCUGCCAAUGGCAUCAACCACCUGACCGACGUCGGACGUAUCAUGGAGAUCAUCUCACAACCAUGUGGCCCACACAAGCUUGCAAGAGCUCUGUAUCGAUGUCUUCAAAGAGUCAGAUCGUUUGAGAAGUCUCCUGUGGAGGGUUCGGAUACUGAGCCUAUUCACCCGAAUGUGGUGGACAGCCCCAGCAAUAUCUUGCAACAAGAAGAUUCUUCUUCAAUUGAGAUCAGCAGCCAAACAAAUGGCCCCCACAAGCCAACUUACCGACCAAAAUCGAGAGACACAGCCACCGCCAGCGGCACUCUGCCCAGCAAAGCGCUGAGCCAUCCCAGCAACGACCAGCAUCCAAGUACCUUGGGCUCUCAAGGUGUCGGAUCACAGAAGAGCUUCUCUGCAGACGAGGACUUUCCAACCGUUCUCCUCGUUGAGGACAAUGACGUCAACCUCAGCCUUCUAGUUGCCUUUAUGAAGAAAUCGAAGCUGUCUUAUGUGACCGCGAAAGAUGGCUUGCAAGCGACUCAGGCAUUUGAAAAGUUCGUGGCUGGUGACGGCAAAGCUAAUCACCUAAAGUAUAUUGUGAUGGACAUCAGCAUGCCUAUCAUGGACGGGAUUGAAGCGACUCGAAUCAUCCGCAGGCAGGAGAAGUUGUCAAAUGUCUCAGAAGGCGUUGUGAUAAUUGCUCUGACGGGUCUAGGAGCUGAGAGCACUCGCCAGGCAAUGUUCGAUGCUGGGGCAGACUAUUAUCUUACAAAGCCAGUGAAGUUUAAAGAGCUUAUGGAGUUCUUCCACUCUCGCUAG